UGAUCUAUAAAACAGGCCUGCAUGAGGCAUUGUCAUGGGUUCUUGGCCUCCAGUUGGACUUGUGGAGGGCACUGAUAUGGGCUCUAGAUUCAGCUGUACUCAUGCAGGACAUUACUAUGGAAUCCAGGAUCUCAGCUGGAUUCUUUGGUCUUUAAUGUGUGUGGACAGAUUUCCUACACUUUUUGUAUAUGACUCUUUGGGUGAGUAUUAUAAAAUAAUCUUAGAAUGCAGUGUCCUGUAUUGCAGUUUCCCCUUUCAAAACCCCAAACUACAACAGGAUCGGUAUCUAAAAAUAUAUAAGAAACUCAAUAACAAGACAAAACUUAAUUACAAAAGAAGAAGGCAUGAUGUUUUUAUUCACCUUUCCUGUAAGUGAGAAAAAAUACCUGACAUCCUUAAAUUAACAGAAGAGAAAGUUAUUUUGGUUCCUAGUUUCACUGGGCUUAGUCCAUGGUCCACUGGCUCCAAAGCACAACCAGGAGAGUCGAAGGGAUGAUGGAGGAAAGUGAAUUAAGUCAUGACUGUCUGGAAGCAGAGAGACAACAGAGGAUACAGAGAUAAGAAUGUAUACUUCUACAUCAUAUCACCAGUGGCCCACCUCUAACCAUGCAUCAGUUCCCAACAGCACAUUCAGCUACUGACCUCCUCAACAGAUAUAUCCACUGGUAAGUACAGCACCCUAAUGAUCCAUUCCACUUCCAAACACAUGAGAGUUUGGGGGUAGUUUUUAGACCUAAAUCAUAACAUUCCACUCUUGAGCCCCAGGAGGCUCAAGUCCAUCUCAUUCUGCAAAAUGCAUUUAGUUCAUCUCUAAGAGUUGACAGUCUUGACAGUAUGAGCAUUGCUGAAAAUUCCAGCUCCAAUGUCUCCUCUGAGAAUCAAGACAUACUCAGCUGUGAGUCCUGUUAAAGAUAAAAAAGAAAGUUAAAUGUUUCCAGCAUAAAAUGGCACAAGACAAACAUUCCCACUCCAAAAGGGAUAUAUGGCAGGAUAGAAGAGAAGUGGACCAAAGCGAAACCAAAACAAUCAGGGCAAAUACUAAAUGCCAUAGUUCCAUAGACAGCACCCAGAGAGGGUUGUGUUGAUGUGUUAAUUCCACAGAGCUUGGGCAGCUCUGUCCCUGUAGAAUUGCUGGUCACAGCCCAUAUGCCCUCACUCUUGGGCUAUUUCUGGUCACUUUCUGCAGCUUUCCUCAGCAGAGACUCCACAGUCCUGGUUUCUUCAAUUUCCUAGGGUUUCCAUUGUACCUUUGAGUUAUACUCACAGCUUCAUGUAUUGCUCUAGGAGGAUGUCCUUACCAGGCCUCUUAGGCCUUCCAUUGAAAUCUGAGGAGAAACCUCCAUGAUUCCAUAACUCUUGCAUUUUGUAUACCUGAAAAGUUAGCACUAUGUGAGUGAUGCCAGGGUCUUCCACCACCUCAUGCGGGAGCUGGCUUCCUUGGGUCAUGGCUGGUGUGGGAUCAACAUGCAGACAAAAGACGACUCGAUUGUGGUGGACCCAUCUCAGCCGGACCUGGUCAUCAAUGUAGGAAAAGUGACUUUUGGUGAAGAAAACAGAAAAAAGCUGCAGAAAAAUCAGAGAGAUCAAGAGAAGAAGAAAGUUGUGCGGGCUGCAUGUGCUUUGCUAAACUCAGGAGGAGGAGUGAUUCACACAGAAAUGGCAAAUGAAGAUGACCAUCCUGUGGAGAUGGGCCAGGACUUAGAGCAGGCCCUGAGAGAGCUGAUUCAGUCUUCAGAUGUUCUUCAGGCUUUCAUAGAGUGCCUGCAACAAGGAAGGCAUUCCUACAUUUAUGUGAAGUCUUGGAGCAGCGGCCCUCCGUCUGAAGACAGUUGCACCAAGCCGAGAAUUUGCAGCCUGAGUUCUUCUCUGUACCGUAGAUCCAGCACCUCUGUGAUUCGCCUGGAUCCAAGACAGGCACUCGAUUUCCUGAAGACCCAGAAAAGGAAUGCAAAGCAUACUCUGAGGAAUGAAGAAUCUCCACCUAGUGAAAUCCCCAACAUUAUACAUCAGAACGUCUCUGAAUCAAAUCCUGCUUUCCAAGUUUUCCAAAGCAACAAGAUUGAACAUGGUCACAUCCUACCUUUUCCGGAGUCUCAAUCUGUAGAGUUUAAACAGUACUCCACAAAAUGCAUUCAAGAAUAUGUGAGAAGAAAAAUUCCAGAAUACAUCUCUGCAUUUGCCAACACUGAAGGAGGCUAUCUUUUUAUUGGAGUGGAUGAUAAACGUAAGACAGUCCUGGGAUGUGCAAAGGAAGAUGUUGACCCUGACUCUUUGCAAAGAGUGAUAGCAGGAGCAAUUUCCAAGAUGCCGGUCUUCCAUUUUUGCUCCACUGAUGCACGAGUGUCCUAUGAGACCAAAGUUAUAGAUGUGUUUAAAAAGGAAAACUUAUAUGGUUACCUCGUUGUGGUCAAAGUGGAGCCAUUCUGCUGUGCGGUGUUCUCGGAAGCUCCUAUUUCAUGGAUAGUGAAUCAGAAGCAGGAAAUCAUCAGCCUGAACACAAAGGAAUGGGUAGCAAAGAUGAUGGACACGGAUCCAGAUUUGGCUGAAGGUUUCAAAUCUCUGCUGAUUUCAUCCAACAUUCCUCCAUGCUGCAGACCGGUUUAUUUUAGAAAAGUUCCAGAACCUAAAGCCAGUAUCCAACAACAUUUGUUUUCAGGACAUUUGCAGUAUAUCCCUGAAUCUCUCUGGAAGGAGCUGUCCUCACAGCAUGAAGGAUUGGAAGAGUUAAUACAUCAGCAAAUACCUCCUGCCUCCUGCGGAACUCUGAUCUUUUCUAGAAGCUUGGCUGUGGACCUGAACUUGGAAGAGAAGCCGGAAGUCAUCUGUGAUGCUCUGCUUAUUGCAAAGAACAGACCCCCCACUCUUUACACCAUUCUUGGGGGGCAGGAUGCAGAAGCACAAGACUACUGCACCCGCACUGCUUUGACACUGAAGCAAAAGCUGGUGAACGUGGGUGGCUACUCUGGGAAGUUGUGUGUCAUUCCCAAGGCCCUCUGCCUCAGUCCCAAUGUCAGUGCAGUGUCCUUAACGGUGUCAAGCCCUCAGAUAGAUUAUCCCUGUUCCUAUAACCUAGCAGACACCCAGCAAAUGGAAGCCUUGCUGCAGGCCUUUGUGAUUGUCUUACCUGACUUCAAAUCUUUCCUUAGUUACAACCUUGAGAAGAUUUUAAAUCUUUUCAGAGCUAUAGAGAAUGAGAUUUUAACCCAAAACCUCCACGAUUGCAGAGAUUUGUUUGUCCAUGGCUUACCUGGCUCAGAAAAGACAAUCAUGGCCAUGAAGAUCAUGGAAAAGAUAGGAAUGUGUGCCUCUACAUUCAAGCAGAAGCUGGUGAACAUGGUUGUAAAUGUGUGUGUCAUGACCAAGGUCCUCUCCCCCUGCCAAGUGGAUUCAUGGUGUCAAGGGAACCUUAAAAAUGGAGAGACACCUGAGUCUGAAUCAAACAAUAACCUAUGUGACACACGCCUACAAGCCUCUUCUUGAAAGGAGCUAUUCAUCCAAAGAUGCUGUGCUUGUCAGUACUGCAAGUGAUGUGGACAUGAAUAUUAUAAUAAUGACACAGAGUGCAGCACUCAC